CGGAAGUGAUGGAAUCCCAUCAUCACUGACACGAUAGCAGGCUGCAAGAUCCGCCAGGCUCGUUUAGCAUAGAGAACUGUUACAUUGUGUCCGUGCAAAAACGUUUAACUUAACAUCAGACGGGGAAUAAGUUGCGUUCAUCAUGUCAAAGAAUACGGUGUCCGAUCGUUUCCGGAAAGUGGAUGUGGAUGAAUACGACGAGAACAAGUUUGUGGACGAGGAAGAGGGGGGAGAAAACCAGCUGGGUCCAGAUGAGGCAGAGGUGGAUUCUCUCAUCAGACAAGGGAACCUCAUGGGUGCCCUGCAGGCAGUGUUAAAAAAUCCACCAAUCAAUACAAAGAAUCAGAACGUCAAGGAUCGUGCUGAAGGUCUGGUGCUGAAGGUGCUCAGCUCCUUCAAGAGUACUGACAUAGAGAAGGGAGUUCAGUCUCUGGACAAGAAUGGAGUGGACCUGCUCAUGAAAUACAUCUACAAGGGCUUUGAGCGGCCGUCCGAGAACAGCAGCGCUGUCCUGCUGCAGUGGCAUGAAAAGGCUCUCUCUGCAGGUGGAGUGGGCUCUAUCGUGAGGGUCCUAACAGCCAGGAAAACUGUGUAAACUGCGAGACGAUUAGCACAGCACACAGAAAACAACAACAACCUGCCGAGACACUCAGAACAAAGCGAUGACUUUCCACAGGGUACUGAAGAGGACCUCUCAUCAAAUUUCAAUGCUUUUUUGCCCUCUUCUGUUAUAUCACUCUUCACUCACAUAGUCAAAAAACGCAUUACCGUGCCAUCAGUAGUAUGUUAGACUUAACGUAGCUUCUCUCAGGAAUACUUUUCUAUUCUCUUCUGUAUUGUAUUCAGCAAUUCUGAAUAGAAGGAACUUGUUAGAGUUUUAUAAAAUCUUAAGUUAUUAUGAAUUUACACCAUGUAACCUCUAUUCAUUUCAAGCCAUUCACACAUGCGGACUAAAAUAACAGUCACAGAUUGGUCGGUGUGUCUUACUGGCACUACGUCUGUCCACAUUGACUGUGUCGGAUUAUGAGUGCAUUAAACCUUCCUGUCACUGAUCCCCUCUCGUUUGUUCUAAAUCGGCAGACGUUAUCCCGUAGAAUUGAAUUUUUCAUAAGCAAAGCUUGUAUAAGACAAAGUUACAUUGUUGAUCUUAUGCAUCAUCUGAAACAGAUGCUUUAUUUUCUUAGCCGAUGUAGUCAUCUCACUAAUCUGUGACUUUCACUAAUGCUGUUAUUAAUGUCUUGUCUCAGUGUACCUGUUUCAGCGUUCCAAAGCACUUAUUGACAUGGACCAUUGUUAUUGUAUGUGUGUCAGAAUGCAUAUGUCUGUAUCUAUUGUAUGUCUGGAGAUGUUUUUAAGCCAACUCUGUUGAAUACUGCCUCAAAGCAGAUCAUUACUGAUCCAGUCUGAUCUGAGACAUAUCGUCUGAUCAGGGACCUGCCUCUACAAAUGACAGUGCAGACACUCAAUAAACCAAACCGGUAUAAUGACUGCCUUACAAAAUAUUCCUUUUUUUAUGUUUGUGCUUUUGUGAUUAAAUAAUAAAUUGUUAAAUAUACACCUGA